GUGUAGUUGGCUAUCAUGGAAAUGAAUGAAGUAAUACACUCCACUGUCCUGUCAGUAAUACACUCCACUGUCCUGUCCUUCUCCACUCAGAGAGAGGAGUCCCAGUCGUUUACCCAGAAGCUCCGUGUCCCCUCUGUGGAGUCUCUCCUCCUCCGCGGUGCCAGCCGGGCCGAGGGCCUCUUCCGUUCCCCUCCCAAAGAGGGCUUGAACCGCAGCCCCUCUCUCAACUCCCUCACCCCCCUGGGGGAGAAUGAGGCCCUGGCCUCCCCCUCUGCUACCCCUCCCACCCCAGCCUACGACCCUCUAUCCCCAGCCUACGACCCUCCAUCCCCAGCCUACGACUCUCCAUCAGACAUUGAGAGCGAGGCAGAGGAGUCAUAUGGUAGCCCUGAGGUCCUGUCUGCCCUGUCUAGAGAACAGCUGAUCCAUAGGCUACACAGGGUGGAGAAGAGCCUGGGGAACUACAGAGGGAAAUACUCUGAGUUGGUCACUACCUACAGAACGGUACAGAGAGAGAAAGAGAAAAGCCAGACCAUUCUAAGCCAGAGUCAAGACAAAGCCCUCCGUAGGAUAGGGGAGUUGAGAGAGGAGCUGCAGGUGGACCAGCAGACUAAAAAGCACCUUCAGGAGGAGUUUGAUGCUGCUCUGGAGGAGAAGGACCAGAUGAUUACUGUGCUUCAGACACAGGUAGCCCUGAUGAAGAAGCAUCUGAAGGGGGUCCCUGGUAGAGCUGUGGCCCCUGAGGUUGAACACCCUCUCCAGACUGAAGAUGACUCUGGGUCUGCCCCUCAGAGCCCCUCCACAGGCACAGCAGGGGGCAGCGCUGACCCAUCUAAAAGCAUUGAGGUACUGCAGAAGAGGGUGACACACCAGGAGAAUCUGCUCCAGAAGUGUAAGGAGCUGCUGAGGACAUACAAGGAGCGCAACACCCAGUUGACCAGCGAGAACGACACUUUGCAAGAGAGACUACAGGAGCUGGAGAAAAACAAGGAGCUGCACACCACUCGGCUGCGUGGUGCUGAGAACCUCAUAGAACAGCUGGAGCAGGACAAGGGUAUGGUGAUUGCAGAGACGAAGCGUCAGAUGCAUGAGACUCUGGAGAUGAAGGAGGAGGAGAUCGCCCAGCUCCGCUCCAGAAGCAAGAUGGCCGCCGCCCAGACAGCAGAACUGCAGGAGCAGAAGGAGAAGUCUGAGAAAGCUGCGUUUGAGGAGCUGGAGAAGGCUCUGGCCGUGGGCCGGAGGGCUGAGGAGGCGCGGAGGCUGCUGCAGCUCCAGCUACAGGAGCGGGUGAAGGAGGUGGAGAGGGCUGGGGAGGAGGAGAGGAGGGGUCUGCAGCAGGAGCUCACCAGGGUCAAGCAGGAGGUGGUCACCAUUUUGAAGAAAUCCUCAGAGGACAAGAUGGCAGAGAUGGACAAGCUACAUAGUGAAGCACUGGCAAGUAAAGAACAGGAGCUCAGCGCACGAAUCAACCAGGCUGUGGAGCAGUGCAAAGAGGAACUGGCCCAGGCUGCCAAGGAUAAAGAGCAGCAGUCUGCUCUGGCCCUGGAAGACCCAGAGCUGCAGAAGGCUGCCAUAGAGACCGAGUCGGAGACCAAGGCUAAUGAGAUAGGGCUAGGGCUGGAGCUGGAGACCGCCAGAACUAGAAUACUGGAACUCGAGAGCUCUCUGGAAAAGUACUCCCAACCUGGAUCAGUUCCAUCAACAGAUGAUCUCUCUACUCCGAUGGAGGAGCUAAGGAUGAAACACAAGGACGAGGUGACUGCACUAGAGGAGAAGCACUGCGAGGAGAUGGAGAAGCACAAGCUAGAGCUGCAUCAGGAGUUCUUAGCCCAACACAUUGCUGCUAUGGAGGAGCUCAGGGCAAAACACAGAGCUGAAGUGGAGACCAUCUUGAAGGAGAAAACGGUCCAGUUACAAGCCCAUGACGAGGACAUGAACCAGAAGACAAUGGAGAAGCUGGAUGUGAAACAGAUUCAUCUGGAUGCCCUUUCCUUUGAGCUCCAGGAGUUGUUGAGGAUCAAACAGGUUCUCGAGGAGAGACUGGAUGCAGUUGAAAACGCUGGUGGCUCAGCCAGGCAGGAGUUGGAGCAGAGGCUACAGGAGGUGCUGACCAAGCACAGUACAGAUAUUGAGGAGAUCAAGCUGCAGCAUGAGCAGUCCCUGGGAGGAAUGGAGAAGAUGCUAAAAGACGAACUCAACAAGUUGACGAUAGUGCUGAAGGAGAAAGAGAAAGAGCUUGAGGCUCAACUUGUCUAUGAGAAAAGCCUGAAAGAAGAGUCCAAGAUGGUUCUUCAAGACAGGAAUGCGAAGGUUAAGGAAUUGGAGGAGCUUAGAAAGAGUUUAAAGAAAUCUAAUGCCCAACUCAGUAAGAUUAGAGAUGAACUCUCAGAGUGCAGGAGUCAAUUAAAAUAUUUUGUGCAUAAACUGGAAACAACUCAAAGUGACUGCCAGCAGAAAGAGGACGCUCUUCAACAAAAGGUACAGGAGCUUGACGUGCUAGAGAAUCAGUUGCAGCAGGCUAAGAAGGAGCUCUCUGAACAGGAUAAAUCUUACACUGACAAACUGAACUCUAAGCAAGAGGAAGAAAAACAAUUAAAGAAACACCUGGAAGACCAGAAGGCUGCUCAUGAGAAGAAGGUGGACAACAUUAAGAAAGACAUGGCGGCCAAGUGGAAAUCACAGGAGACAAAGAUGGAGAAUUGUAAAACUAAGACCAAAGAGAUGCAGGAUAAAUUUAAGAAGAAGCUUCAGGAGCAAGACGAAUCUUUGAAAAAGCAACUGUCAAAGAAGGAAUCAAAGCUACAGCAGAAAGAACAAAAACUUAAAGAAAACAUCCUGGAAUCUCAGACAAGUUCAGAAGGCCUAGGCAGUGAUAUGUACCAGCUUGAGUCCAAUCACAAGGAAGAACUAGAGAAGGUGUGUGAAGUCCAUAAGCAAGAGAAGGAAAAGCUUGAGAAUCAUUGGCAGGAAAAGAUGGGACAACAGGAAGAAGAAAUGCAGGAGAAACACGCACAAAUACUACAGGAGAAGAUACAGGAAGUGGAGAAGGUCAACCAGCAGCUUGGAACCACCAUGGAAGAAAAAGAGCAAGUUGUGCAGGAAGUGAAGGACUUGAAGGAAGAGUUGGUGAUGAGACAGACCACUGUGCAGAAACUGCAGGCCGAACUGAAGGAAGCCGCAGUCAAGAUGGAGAGUUUAUCUCAAGCAGAGGCAAUGUUCAAAAAGCAAAUGGAGGCGGUCGAGAGGAAUCUGAACACUGCUCUUAAUGAGAGGAACUCCUUCCAGGAUCAGCUGAACAAGACUGAGAAUAAGGCAAGAGAGAAGCUCAAGUCUCUGUCUGAGAGGUUUGUAGACACUGAGAAGCAGCUUCAAGCUCUUGAGGCUUCUAAGGGUAAGGAAGGGGAGGCAGUUCAGAGGAGACUUGAACAACAUUCUCUUCAACUAGAAGUCAAGGAAAACGAAAUGCAGAAGCAGUUCGCUGGGAUCAGCAAGGAAUUAAUGCGUUACUGCCGUGACAUUGAGGCCAGCAUCGAAGAUGGUACAAAGGAGCUCUCUGAACGGGUCGAGAGCAGAGUGAGCGAGCUGAAAGACCGAGUUCUGGGUAAUCAGAAGAAGAUAGCACAUCUUAAAAACGUUAUCCUUACAAAGGUUGACAGGAUACACACUUUGGAGAAACAACUCCAGCAGAGUACAGAGGGGAAGAAGAACCUAUGCAGUUCACUAGAGCAGAUGACUGUUCAACUAAAUCUACACAAAGAUGAUAUCAAAGCCUUAACUGCUGAGAGGGAGUCUCUACAGAGGGAGGCUGAAAAUCACUCUCAAGCUCUCUCAGAAAAAGUCAUUUGCAUCGAACAGCUCAGUGAGGAAAACCAAACAAUCUCAGAGAAUGUCAAAACAAAUUUGUUGUAUAUCAGCAACUUGGAGAGUAUCAUAAAUGACUUGAAGACUCAGUUCGCAGGUAGCCUUACGGGGAAGGAUGAAGCCAUAUCACUGCUUGAUCAGCAGCACAAGGAGGAGAGAGAGAGGCUUGUUUGCCAAAUGGCGGAGACCAUUGACAGACUAGAGAAAGAGAAGAAAUUUGCAGUGGAGCAAGCCGACGCCUUCAAGAACAACCUCACAGAGUUCAAGAGGAAAGCAGAGUCCAAGUUCUCUCAGAACCACAAUACUGUCAAGUCUCUGCAGACCAGACUUGAUGAUAUGGAGAAACAGAUCUCUGAGAAAGACGAGGCCUUACAGAGGCUGAUAGCCAGCAUUGACAAUCAGUCCAUUAGCAAGUCAGAGAUGGACCAAGUCUUGAGUGAAAAGGAGCAGAAAGUCAGUGCCCUUUCUUUGGAAGUGGAGAGCUGUAACAGCCGGCUCAGUGAGCUGGAGGAGCAGUUGGUCCUCAAGACAAAGGAGAGCGAGCAGCUAACUGCUGACCUGAAGCAGCAGCACAGUAUCAGGGAGCAUGAGAAACGAGAGCUCACAGAGCAUCUACAACAGACUCAGGAGCAGUUCAGAAUCCAGAAGGGAAAUCUAGUCCAGGCAACAGAGGAGAAAUUGCAGUCCAUGGAGAGAGAGAACCAAACUUUGAAAAAAGAGCUGGAACGGCAGAGGGAAGUCUUUGACAAGAUGAAGGCUGAGAUUCUCGAGACCAAAGAUGAGAGUCUGAAGGUGACUGAAGAGAAGUUGUCAAUAGACAAUGCUGGGAAAGUGGCUGAGCUGCAGAAGAAAGCUGAGCAGAAAAUAAACCAGAUUCAGAAACAGUUGACCUCACAACUCGAGGAGAAGGAAAAGACUGUCAAAGCCCUUCGGACACAGUUGGAGGAGGCCAAGGUAGACAAAGCGACAAAAAAGCAGGGGGUGGAAACAUUGGAGGAGAAAGGAAAAUCCCUUGAGGAAGCCAUGGCCAAGAUGAAGGAAGAACAGGAGAAACACAUUGAGCAAAUUCAUAGUGAUGAGAGACUGGAAAAAGAGAGCUCUUUACAGAGUUUGAAGGACAUGUACGAGGAAAAGCUAUCGUUGCUCCAGAGAGACAUUUUGAACCAGGAGAAAGCCCUAGCCAAGUGUAAGGAAGAACAAGAAAAGCACCUCGAGCAGCUUCGGAAUGACGAGAGACUUGCGAAAGAGAGCUCAAAGAACAUGUACGAGGGAAAGUUAUUGUCGUUUCGGAGAGAUGUUUCGAACCAGGAGGAGACCAAAGCAGACGAGACCAUCUCAAGGCUUGAGUUUGAGAUGAAGCUCAAGGAAGUGGAGGAGGAGAAGGUCAACCUUCUGGCUGAAAUCAGCCGCCUCAAGGAAGAUCUGCUUGAGAAGACUGCACUGAUUGAACAGCAAAAUACAGAAUUGGUCUGCUUAGAAACACAGGAUCAGAAUGCAGUGGAUGUUGUGGUGCAUUGCACUGCAGAGCAAACCAAGAGUCUUACAGCAGACAAAGAGAGGGAGAACCACUCUCUGACGCAGGAAGAUGGGGAUGCUGAAUCUCUGUUGUCCAUGCAGAAUAAGCUUACGGAGGCGGUGCAGGAGAAGCAGAAUCUACAGAAAUACCUGCGAACCCUGAAGAAGGAACACCAGCAAGACCUGGAGUAUGUGAAGAAAGAGUUGACCCAAGAGAACGAGAAGAAACUCAUGCUUGAGGUUGAAGAUCUGGAGAUGAAGCACAACUCGUCCCUGAAGCAGCUGAUGAGGGAGUUCAACACACAGAUGGCUUUGAAAGAACAGGAGCUGACUGCUGCAGUGAAGGAGACCAUUGGGAAGGCCCAGAGCGUGGAGGUGGAGCUUAUGGACAGCCAUCGGGAGGAGACCAAUCAGCUCCAGAAGGUGAUCGCCCAGAAAGAUGAUGACUUAAACAAAACGGUCCAACGAUAUGAGCAGGUCCUCCAGAGUCGAGAGGAAGAGAUGGGGGACAGAGUGUGUCAGGUACAGAAAAAGCUGGAGGACCUGCAGGCAAGGACCCACAGCGCCAGUGGAGAGAUGGGUGUGGAAGAGCUGCAGGCCCAGCUAGCUGAGAAGACCACCCUGCUGAGUGAGGCCAGGCUGAAGGAACAGCACUUUGUCGACAGGAUCCACUCACUGGAGGACAAGAUGAAAUUAUUCCACAAAAACUCAGUGGUGACUCAUCUGGGGACCACGUUCAAAGAUCCUCGCCAUUACAGUGCUGAGUCCUUCUCAGAACUCACAGAGUUUGAGUACCUGAGGAAGGUCCUGUUUGAGUACAUGAUGGGGCGGGAAACCAAGACGAUGGCUAAAGUCAUAACCUCCAUGCUCAAGUUCCCACCAGACCAAGCUCAGCAGGUUCUGGAGAAAGAGGAUACAAAAGCAAUUCCCUGGCUACGAUGAGGGUCAGGUAUCAGCAUGAUGCUGGUACUUUAAGGAUGGAGAUGGACUUAACUGCUGCUGAAGGACUGCAGACUGCUGCGCCACUGUGGACCAGAUCUAGCCCUUCUACUUUUCUGUCCUUUCUUUUGCUGUGUGGGUGUGUGGGGGGGUGUGGGUGUGGGUGUGGAUAUGGUACGAGGGAAGUAGAAAAUAGACCAUGUAAGGAUCAUCCUAGUUGCUAUUUCUUCCAAUCUAAUUUCACACAAUGAAAUUACGGAUUUUAAAUCAUGGAUUAUACAAUAGUUAUUUUUUUCCCAGGGUUAAUUAUAUAUCUAUUAUACAGAUGGCUUGUGCAAUAAGUUUUUGUUGAUCAUUGGGUUGAUUGUGAUUUCAAGUUGAUUCUUUGGUUGUGUUUUUUUUCAGUUGAUCUAUGGUUUUAGGUUGUUUGUAUCAGUAGAGUUUUGGUUGUAUUUCUACUGUGGGUCACUUCCUCCUUAUGACUGUGUGAUGGAAUCGUAGAAAUAGAAUAUGUAGAAUAUUUCUAGGGAUUCUAAAUAUGAAUCUACUUUCUAUUUAUAUGGAUGAGAUUACCUUUUUACUGUACCUUCCUGUCCCUGAACUGUCUCUUCCUGUCCCUGAACUGUCUCUUCCUGUCCCUGAACUGUCUCUUCCUGUCCCUGAACUGUACCACUUUAGACACCCUGGCUUGUUAGUUUCCCACAGCUUUUCUACUUUAUAUUUUGUGAAGACAAUAAAAGAGAAACUCAGCAUAAUGUAAAGUGUAAAUACACAAAGUGAAUCUGUACUAUAGGGCACAAUGCUAAUACAUUUUAUUUACUCAGAUGUUCUGUCUUCCUCUGCUCAUUAUUCACUUUGUUGAAAUGUGAAUAUUGUAAAUGGUGUAAACUGAAUGUAUAUAACAUUAGGAUCACCUGCUCUUUCCAUGACAGACUGACCAGGUGAGUCCAGGUGAAAGCUAUGAUCCCUUAUUGCUAUGAUACCUUGUCACUUAUUAAAUCCACUUCAAUCAG